AUGGCCACGGAGAUCAGAGCUCGGGGCAGACAGCGUGCCAUUGGACAAGAGGAGUACAACCUGUAUAGCAGCAUGAGCGAGGAUGAGCUGGUCCAGAUGGCCAUUGAGCAGAGCCUGGCUGACAAGACUCGGGGCCCAACCACCACUGAGGCCGCUGUGUCCACACGUGUCAACCGCGAACCUGCGCAUUUCUACCCGUGGACCAGGUCCGCUGUGUCUCCUGAGAGCACCCCGACCUCAGCCCCCAAGGGCCUGUUCCAGGAGGUUAUGCAGAAAUACAACCGCAGCAAGUCCUUCCAGCUGGCGCCCGUGGACCCUGUGCUAAAGGCCAUCAAGGAAGGCGAUGCCGAGGCCUUGAAGGCGAUGAUCAAGGCGGGGAAGAACCUUGCAGAGCCCAACAAGGAGGGCUGGCUGCCGCUGCACGAGGCGGCCUACUACGGCCAGCUGAGCUGCCUGAAGGCGCUGCAUCAAGCAUACCCGGCAGUCACUGACCAGCGCACCCUGCAGGAGGAAACGGCCCUUUACCUGGCGACAUGCAGGGGACACCUGGACUGCCUCCAAUUCCUGCUCCAGGCUGGGGCUGAGCCCGACAUCUCCAACAAGGCCCGAGAGACACCACUCUACAAAGCCUGUGAGCGCAAGAACGUGGAGGCGGUAAGGAUUCUGGUGCAGUACAACGCGGACACGAACCACCGCUGUAACCGAGGCUGGACGGCUCUGCACGAGUCUGUUGCUCGCAAUGACCUGGAGGUCAUGGAGAUCCUGGUGAGCAGAGGUGCUAAGGUGGAAGCCAAGAAUGCCUAUGGCAUCACCCCCUUGUUCGUGGCCGCCCAGAGUGGACAGCUGGAGGCACUGAGGUUCCUGGCCAAACACGGUGCUGACAUCAACACACAGGCCAGCGACCAUGCAUCUGCCCUCUACGAGGCCUGCAAGAACGAGCACGAGAAGGUGGUGGAGUUCCUGCUGUCGCAGGGUGCCGACGCCAACAAGGCCAACAAGGAUGGCAUACUCCCGCUGCACAUCGCUUCCAAGAAGGGCAACUACAGGAUCGUGCAGAUGCUGCUGCCGGUGACCAGCCGCACGCGCGUGCGCCGUAGCGGCAUCAGCCCGCUGCACCUGGCCGCCGAGCGCAACAACGACGAGGUGCUCGAGGCUCUGCUGAGCGCGCGCUUCGACGUGAACGCGCCCCUGGCGCCCGAGCGCGCGCGCCUCUACGAGGACCGACGCACCUCGGCGCUGUACUUCGCGGUGGUCAACAACAACGUGUACGCCACCGAGCUGCUGCUGCUCGCCGGCGCCGACCCCAACCGCGACGUCAUCAACCCCCUGCUGGUGGCCAUCCGCCACGGCUGCCUGCGCACCAUUCAGCUGCUGCUGGACCACGGCGCCAACAUCGACGCCUACAUCGCCACGCACCCCACCGCCUUCCCCGCCACCAUCAUGUUCGCCAUGAAGUGCCUGUCGCUGCUCAAGUUCCUCAUGGACCUCGGCUGCAACGGCGAGCCCUGCUUCUCGUGCCUGUACGGCAACGGCCCGCACCCGCCCGCCCCGUCGCCCUCCAGCAGGUUCAACGACGCGCCCCGCUCUAACAAGGCACCAGGCGUGGUCCAGUUCUGCGAGAUCCUGUCUGCCCCAGAGGUGAGCCGCUGGGCAGGGCCCAUCAUCGACGUCCUCCUGGACUACGUGGGCAACGUGCAACUCUGCUCCCGGCUGAAGGAGCACAUUGACAGCUUCGAGGACUGGGCUGUCAUCAAGGAGAAAGCAGAACCUCCAAGACCCCUGGCUCACCUUUGCCGGCUGCAAGUUCGAAAAGCCAUUGGGAAAUACCGUAUAAAACUGUUGGACACGUUGCCACUCCCAGGCAGGCUGAUUAGAUACCUGAAAUAUGAGAACACCCAGUAA